AUGAGUCAACAUCAUGAUGAACUUAAGUCUCAUUUUGAAUUGUUAAUCAGUACUCAGAAGGAAGUCAAAGAAGAAUUUAAUGCGGUUGAAUCGACUUGGGAAACAAACGGAGAACAUCCUUGUUUGACUGAUAUCGAUCGAUGGGAACAAGAGAUUAUUAGUCGCGUUCAACAGAUUGCAGCUAGAGCUCGAAUAACGACUCAUGAAAUGGUGACAAAACAUUUGUCGGAUAUUCGUCGUCGAUUAGAUCAACUCGCUUUCGAUAUGGAACAACGUCAACAAGAAGGCAAUUAUUUAGAUAAUGAUAUAGCGGGUGUACGCAAUCAAUUGGAGCAAUUGAGUAGUGAUAUAGACCAUGCUCACGAAAGAGUACGCCUCGAUAUCUCGGGAACGAAUAAGAUCAAUUGGAAUUUGUUGUUGUAUGUUACAUCAAAGAAAAAAUUUCUCGAAAAACAUUUGAAUCCGUCGGAAUUGCCUGUCGAACAAGCAAAUUCGCCACAAGAAAAGAUUUGGAUGAAUUUACGUCGGCUACUCAAAAAUAAGUACGUUACUAUCAAUGAGCCUCAUAGUAGACAAUCCAGCUUUCGACAAAGCACAAAUGCAGCUUUUGAACCUAUUGCUCUGACUUCUUAUGGCUCAUCCAACGUACAGCAACACGUCAAAUCUAAACUUGAUUCAGCAAGUGCAGAUAAUUCUUCAUCAAAUCCGUUUUCAAACGACGAUCCAUUCAAAUACAUGGCAUUUACAACCGACUACGAUCAAUUUCUUCCUCAGGCAUCAGACGCUUAA